AUGGCUUCCAACCAAGCAUUAGCCACGCCGCAGGCGGUGAUGGGCCAUGUGCAGAAACUCGGCGACAGUGAUCCAGACUUUCGCUUCAUGUCUCUGAACGAUCUGCUGCAGCUGCUCAACAACGCCAAGCCCGAUUUCCUCCAUCACGACUACAACAUCGCUGCGCGCACUGUUGAUAGCAUCAUCAAGACGCUCGACGACCAGAAUGGUGAGGUCCAGAACCUGGCAAUCAAGUGCCUGGGUCCCCUCGUGGGCAAGGUCCCUACACCCAUUAUCGCUCCCAUGAUCGAGAAGCUGUCCAACCUGAAACUUAAGAACUCGGUGGACAACACUGUGCCCUCUUUGGCUCUUCGAUCCGUAAUUAUCGCCCUUCACCGACCGGUCCCGGGACUCCCGCCUACCUCGGAGGUCCAGGAGGCCUACAAUGCUGUCAGCCGAGUCCUGAUUCCCCGCCUUAUCGGCCCCGGACCCAAGACACGAACUCCCAACAACCCUAAUGUCCCUCUUCCUUCCGUUCCCGAGGGCCUCCUACAAAAUGAGAGCGAUCUCAACGCCGAAGCCGUCGAUGUGCUGAUUGAGGUGGUUCGAUGUUUUGGACCUAUGCUCGUCCAGGUAGAGGUCGAGGCUAUGCAAGAGGUGGUCAUUCAGCUUCUCGAGAGCGAGAAGGGCUCGUCAGUUGUCAAGAAGAGAGCUGUCGUGGCCAUUAGCAUGCUUGCUGUCUACCUCUCUGAGGAGCAUUUGGAAGAGGUGGUGAACCGAAUUACUGCUGGUCUUUCCCAGAACCAGAGCAGCCCGGUUACGAGGCGACUAUAUAUUUCGAUCCUUGGUAGCAUCGCGCGAUCGAUCCCUGCUCGCUUUGGACCUCACGUUUCUAAGGCUGCACCUCAAAUUCUGCAAGCGCUCGGCGACGAAGAGCUGCAGGCACAUCUCGAGGCGCUCAGCGAUGGAGACGAUCUAGGUCAGGAGUUUAACGAGGUGCGCGAAGCUGCUCUCGUGGCUCUUGAGGCCUUCCUAGCUUCUUGUCCGCAGGAGAUGCGUCCCUUCACAGACGAGACGAUAGCUUCCUGCUUGCGAUUCCUCAAGUACGAUCCUAACUAUUCUAUGGACGAUGAGGAUGAGGACAUGGAAGACGAGGAAGAAGAGGACGAAAUGGAUGAGGACGACGAAUUCGAUGCCGACGAUGGUUUCGAGGACGACGAUGACGAUGCUAGCUGGAAAGUCCGACGAUGUGCAGCAAAGACACUGUAUACGCUUAUCUCGACACGCGGUAGUGGAGAUUUGCUCGAGAACGGUGUGCUUUACAACCAGGCAGCUCCUCUGCUCAUCAAGCGAAUCGAGGAGCGAGAGGAAAACGUCCGACUGGAGAUUAUCUCAGCUCUCUCUCUAUUGAUCCGCAAGACUGGAGAAGGAUUCGCCAUGAAGGACCUGGAGCUCGAUGACUUCGAGCCUGAAUCUGAAUCUCGCAUCCCAAUCAGUAGGAAACGAAGACGCCAGAGCAGUGUUGGCGGGUCAUCGGCUUCGCAGUUCACUGGUUCUGGUCUUGUCUCUCCCGUCUUUGAGAAGACCCCUACGACCGGUCCUCGAGCUGAUCUCGCCCGCCUGACACCAUCUAUCGUCAAGGCUAUUACCAAGCAGCUCAAGGGAAAGACUAUUCCUACAAAGCAGGCCGUUAUUAGUCUACUGGACGACAUGGUGUCUGUGCAGCAUGGCGGACUGGCCGAGUACUUUGACCAGGUCAUUGGCCCUAUUAUCGAGGCCAUCCAACCCUCUGGUUCUGCAACUGCGCCCACUUCGCUGGCCUCGCAUGCUGGAUCUUCCUCGGCUACUCCAAGCACACUAAGAAUCACGGCCUUGGAGAUUAUCAGCGACAUUGCCAAGACUCACUCAUCGACUAUCCUGCAGCCUUAUCUCACAAAGAUUGUUGAUGGAGUCAUCUCGGCCGUCCACAACCGUUUCUACAAGAUCUCUAGCGAGGCCAUUGGAACUGUUGAGGAGCUCAUCAAGGCUAUUACUCCACCCCGAUCGCGUAACGCGGCUACUAAGUACAAGGCCGAACUGGACAAGUUGUAUGGAAUCCUUCUGGAUAGAGCUGCUGCCCAGGACGCUGAUGCUGAGGUUCGCCAGCGAGCCAUUCAUGCGCUUGGUGUCUUGAUCUCGCGCACCUCUAGCCCAGAGGGCUCAUCUCUGCUGUCUGAGGAUAAGCGCAAGGCUGCAUUGGAGGUGCUGCGGGAACGACUCAAGAACGAGACGACCCGCCUGGCUGCUGUACGUGCUGUGGAGAAUGUCUCCCGCUAUGCCAAAACACUGGGCCAACUCGAGCAACAAUGGAUCCAGGAGGUGGCCCUGGAGCUUUCUGCCCAGCUGCGAAAGGCCAACCGAGCCCUCCGUGGAUCGAGCAUCGUGGCUCUCAAGGCCCUUGUUCUAUCGCCUGCUAGCCAGAAGCAGCUGGAGCCGGACACCAUUGGUGGCAUUGUGUCUGCACUGAUGCCGAUCAUCACUAACAGUGAUACGCAUCUUCUCGGACCAACGCUGCUCAUUCUUGCCAAAAUGGUACCAGAGCACCCAGAGCUUGUGGUGACGGACGAAAUGAUCGUCUCGCUCUGCGAGUUGCUCAAGUCCCACUACUCGAGCAUUGCUCUGGACCACUUGCUCGUCUUGAUCAGCAGCAUUGGAGAGAGCGGAGCUGGUCAAGCUCUUAUGCAAGGUCUACUCAAGGACGUUAGCGUUGCCGGUGACCCCCCUGUUGUCGGCAAGGUGAUUGGCACUCUUCUCGUGACGGGAGGAGAGUCAGUGGGAGUCAAGCUGGACAGCUUUGUUUCGGAACUCUACACGAGUGCUAAGGGCAACGACGAAGCUCGGGUUAGCCUCGCCUUGGCCGUCUUGGGAGAGGCCGGAAAGAGACUGGGAACCAGCUCGACACUCAAGCCUGAUCUCUUCUUGGACCAGUUCCAUGCCGAACCUGACAAGGUGUCGCUCUCUGCGGCCAUCGCCCUUGGCAGAGCCGGGUCCGGCAACGUACCCGAAUUUCUGCCUGUUAUCCUGCAGACCAUGCAGAAGGGUGGCAACACACAGUACCUGCUCAUCCAAUCCAUCAAGGAGAUUCUGCAGUCGAUUUCGGCUCAGUCGACGGACCUGCGCAACUAUGCACCGGCUAUCUGGGACGAACUCCUUAAGGCUUCGGACAAUGCGGAUAACAAGGUGGUUUGCGCCGAAUGCGUGGGCCGACUAGUCACACUUGACCCUACCGUGUUUAUGCCGCGUCUUCAGACACUUCUCAAGGAUGAGUCUCUGGCUGUCCGUGGGAUGGCUGUCCAGGCUGUUCGCUACACUCUUCCAGAGAGUGACGAGACAUUCGAUGCUCUGCUGAACAAUGUCCUGAUUGACAUGCUCUUGACUAUGCUUCAAGACUCGGAUAUGGACAUUCGAAGAUUGGCAAUGACUACUCUUACGACAGCUGCAAGAAACAAGCCGGAUCUGAUCCACCCUCACCUGGGUGAUCUCAUGCCUUUUGUUCUGACUGAGUCGGUGAUCAAGAAGGAGCUGGUCAGAGAGGUCAUGAUGGGACCGUUCAAGCACACAGUAGACGAUGGUCUCGAGGUCCGAAAGAGCGCAUAUGAGACAUUGUAUGCGUUGAUGGAGACGGCGUUUAGCCGCAUCAACAACAUUGACUUUUUCGACCGUGUGGUAGCCGGACUCAGAGACGACAAUGAUAUCCGACAGCUGUGCAACUUGAUGGUGACAAAACUCAUGACGAUCGAUCCUGAGGAGACCACCCGACGUCUCAACUCGAUCGCCGAAGCGUACCGCUCUGUUCUCUCUGUCAAGCUGAAGGAUAACGCAGUGAAGCAAGACUUGGAGAAGCAGGAGGAGGCGAACAAGAGCAUCCUGCGGGUGACGCUGAUGUUAGGUGAUAAGAUGAAGGCUAUGACCGGAAAUGCUGGAGCCGCAACCAGCAAUGCAGGCACGGCGAGCGUUUGGGGAGCGUACUGGGAAUGGGCGAACAAGGAGUUUGACAAGCAGCUCAAGGGUCUCCGGGAGGAGAAGAGUAAACUACAAACACGCAUGGUCUAG